UAUUUAAUUAUAUUCCGUUGUUGCAGACGGCUUUGGGGAAUUUUUGACACUCGUUAUCAUACAUUUUGGAAGGCUUUUCACCUUUUCGUGGAUUUUGUGAUUAUUUACCAUCUAAUACUGCCAACACACUGGUACAAUAACACACAUGUGUAUAUAUAUGCAAAUAUUUACGUUUAAAAUUCAGCGCUCACUUUAAUUUCGCUAUAUAUGUAUGUACAUUCAAAAAUGUUUUCUGGCGAAAUUUCUUUGCAGUACAUAACUUGUUUCUAUAUCCAGCUGAUGGAUAUGAUAAUACUAUACAUACAGAGGUACAUAUCUACAUAUCAUUAUUCAUUAAGAUGAACAAUGUUUAUAUAUAAAUGUAUGUAAUUAUAUAUGUAUAUGUAUGUAUGUAUAUUGGAUGUAGUCACUGUCGCACAUACACAUACGUACACUAAAGAGCGCACAUAUGUAUAUACAUUUUAAUUAUUAUUAAACACGCAAUUUGUUGUAGUUGUUUGGGAAUCACACCCUUCACAAAGAGAUCCCUUGCCUUUGCUCACAAUUAAUUUAACACUUUUUUUUAAUUACGCAAAUGCAAGUUAUUCUUUACCUUCAAAAUAUAAAACUGGGCAAAAACUUUCGCACCACAACAAGGCGACGACACGCUAACUGAUUAAUAGUGUUACCGCCUAUUAUUUGUGGCACAACGCCAUUUUAAAUAAAAAUGACCUAAAAUUGGCAAGCUUGUUACAAUUGGCGCAAAACAGCUUUUUAAGUUUUGGUAAAAACACAUAUUUUUGUUCAAUGAAACAAACCGAACGCCUCGUUAAAAAAACUUUUAUUUUGAGUCAAAAAUAAUUGAGAAACAAUAAAAAUAUAAUUUUCAAUGCCUUCAAUCUCAUUUGAGAUUUAAAAAAAGGGCUGCACAGCAUCACGCUUCUGAUUGAUUAUUAGAAACCGUGGAAUUUAAUUUCUUAUUAAGCACAAAUCUUUAGAAAAAUAAGAUUUUUCUCUUUUAAACAUUUUAAGCAUUAAAGUAAACACUAUAUUUAUAAAAGUAAACAGUAUAUUUAAGAAUGUCGACAUGGUAUAUUUUAACUUUAAACCGGCGGCCACACUAGUCACUUACGUUUGUUUAUUUUGGGAUUGAUGAAAUGUUUUUGUCGCGCCUAUGUCCAACAAAUUUACUCCAGAUGUAGCCGCGUUGCUCCCAGAACGCCAAUACCGCUGCGAACUGUGCAACGAUCAGGUGUUCGGCAACCAAAGUCACUAUCAACUGCAUCUCCGACGACGUCACAAACUAAACACCACAAGCAACAACCACCCAGAAAUAACCAGUUAUCAUUGUCCAGCCGAGAAAUGCAUCUAUAACGCUGAUCGUCCAGGCAGUCGGGGAUUUACGAACUUACGUUUUCUACGACAACACUAUCAAAAGAUUCACAUGCUCAAGGAAUUCAAAUGCAACGAAUGCAAUGAAACUUUUCUGCUCGAGCGUCAUCUAGAGAAGCAUCAGUGCUGCUCGUCCUAUCCAUGUCCCAUAUGCGGACUCACCUAUAGCAGCAAGGCGGGCCUGCAAACCCAUAUGAGGCGCAAGAGUCACUUUGAGACACCAAACAACGACGAAUCCUCCAGUUCAAAGGUUUCCUCAUCCAAAAUUGCGUUGCCCACGCUGCAAGCAUGGAAGAGAUUACAGAAGCAAACAGAGGAUGCAGCGAAAUUUACAAUAAAGCCUGAGCAAUGCGAGGAAAUCAUUCAACCCGCUGCACCACUAUUGCAAUCAUCCUUUUAUUACCUGCCCACUAUAGAGAUUCCCUAUGUGCUACAGCUGCCGGUGAAUGCUCCUGACGAACAUGUGGUCCAGCUAGAAGAUGUAGAUGCCCAUGUAGAGCCGCCUGACAACGCCAACGAGCUGCCCAUUCCCAGUUUCACGGACGAGGAAGUGGAGCGUCUGUUACGCGACAUGGAAACGCAAACCGACGACGUCGAUCUGGACACACUCGAUAUGCACAAUGAGGUGCUGGCGCCACUGCUACGCAAUAUACAAACCCAGACACUCGAUAAUCGUCAUCAUCAGGGCACUAUGACAGAACUGGAUCUGGAGCCGGAGGAGGAAGAGCACAACACGAAUGCAGCAAAUGGAAAUUAUGGUGCUUACCCGGAGCAAGAUCAUAUCUUUGGUCUGCAGACAUCGGCACACAUGCAUACCCAGACCUGUGAUGAAUUGUUCGAGGAGCUGCGCAAUAUACAAACCCAAACGCUCGAUAAUCGCCAUCAUCAAGGCACUAUGACAGAACUGGAUCUGGAGCCGGAAGAGGAAGAGCACAACACGAAUGCAGCAAAUGGAAAUUAUGGUGCUUACCCGGAGCAAGAUCAAAUUUUUGGUCUGCAAACCUCGGCACACAUGCACACCCAGACCUGUGAUGAACUGUUCGAGGAGCUCGGCUUGUCGCACAUCCAGACACAGACACAUUGCUCCGAUGGUUUGUACAAUACACAGCACACGCAGACCUGCGACGAGAUGCUGGACGAGUUCUUGGAGAACUUUCAAUCGACGUGCACCCAGACUAGAUGGUUGGAUUGGCAGGAGACUGAUGGCGGUAGUAAUUAA